AUGGCAGUGGAAGUGGAGGCUCCAUCUGUGGAGGAGGAGGCUCUGGCUCAGGCUCUGGGUGGCCACAGCUCCGGAGGCUUUGGGUCGAGCUCUGGCAGUGGAUGCAUUCGUGCAGUGCGUGUCAAUGAGAACCUGCUGCGGCCGCUUGAUGUGAAGAUCGACCCCGAAAUCCAGCGCAUCCGAAGGCAGGAGAGAGAGCAAAUGAGGAGCCUCAAUAACCAGUUUGCCUGUUUGAUUGACAAGGUGCAGCAUCUGGAGCAGCAGAACAGGCUGCUGGCCACCAAAUGGGCCCUCCUCCAAAAGCACCUCCUGCCAUCCCAGAAGAAUUUUAAGCACGUCUUCAACACUUUCAUCUGCAGCCUUCAGAGGAGGCUGGACUCACUGCUGCACGAGCAGGAGCAGAUGGAGCUGGAGCUGAACAACACUGAGAAGCUCAUUGAAGAGGCCAAAUGCAAAUAUGAGCAGGAGGUGAACAGAUGCACAGCUGCUGAGACUGAGCUUGUGCUGCUGAAGAAGGAUGUGGACUGUGUCUACCUCACCAAAGCAGAGCUGGAAGCGAAACUGGAAACCCUCAAGCAGCAGACAGAGCUCCUGAAGUGUGUGUCUGCUCAGGGAACUGCUGAGCUGGAGAAAAGUCUCUGUGACACCUCUGUUGUGGUGAAAAUGGACAACAGCCAAAGCCUGGGCACAGAGGGCAUCCUCAGGGGCAUUGAGCUGUGGUAUGAAGAUGCAGCACAGAAAAGCAAGGCGGAAUUGGAAGCACUGUACAGAGCUAGGUACCAAGAGCUCGAGGAGGCAAAGAGGAAGCAAUGCAGUGAACUGAAGUCCCACCAGCAAGAGAUUGAGGAGCUGAGUUUUGUGAUGCAGAGAUGGCAGAGGGACCUUGAGAACGUGAAGAACCAGGUGUCAACUCUGCAGACAUCUGUUAGUGACACUGAGCAGCGUGGGGACCGUGCUCUGAAGGAUGCGCAGGAGAAGCACAGUGAGCUGCAGAAUGCCCUCCAGAAGGCCAAGGAUGAGCUGGCUUGCAUGCUGCAGAAUUACCAGGAGCUGCUGAAUGUCAAGCUGGCCCUGGACAUUGAGAUUGCCACCUAUAAGACUUUGUUGGAGGGUGAAGAGAGCAGGUUGCGCACUGAGUGCCCUGUGAGAAUGUCACUGGCCUGGGACAUGGACCUCGUGCAGCCAGCAGAAGACGUGGGUCCUCCCCUGGUGCCAGCAGAGCAUCCCAACCUGGGGAUGAUGGUGUCUAUCACAAAGGGUCCACCAACGCUGCAGGCAAGAAAUGUCUCCCCAGUGCUCCCAGAUGCAGCUGCUUCCCAAGGGGCCACCAAUGGAGCUGUGGAGGUGGGGCCCAUGCUGGCCAGAGCUCAGCCCAUGUGA